AUGGAGAAAGGUAGCCCACGGAGCCCGGCGGAGCUCUUCCGCUUCCUCCAGGACCCCAACCUCGUCGCCCGCUUCCAGCACAUUUGCGGGGUGCGAGGGCUCGGGAAGCGAGGAGGGAGUCAGCUCUGCGAGAACUCUCCGACGGACGACGCGGGUCAUCUGGAGUUCGUGGUGGAGAAUCGCUUCCUCUACUAUUUGUUCACUUUCGGCACCGAGCUGGGAAACGAGCUCUUCUACCUCAGCUUCUUCCCCUUCCUGCUGUGGAACGUGGACGUCCCGCUGGGCCGGCGGCUGAUCAUGGUGUGGGUGUGGGUCAUGUACCUGGGUCAGUGCACCAAAGACCUCCUGGGCUGGUCGCGACCCGCCUCGCCGCCCGUCGUCAAGGUGGAGCUCUUGUACGACUCCGAGUACGGCAUGCCCUCCACUCAUGCCAUGUCCGCCACUGCCAUUCCCUUCGCGCUCUUCUACCUCACCUUCGGACGCUGGCAGUACUCAUUUUGGCUGGGUUUGGCCGUGGCGCUGUGCUGGUGCCUGCUGGUGUGCGUCAGCCGCAUCUACAUGGGCAUGCACUCAUUUCUGGACGUGAUGGCGGGCGUGGCCUACAGCGCGCUGAUCCUGCCGCUGCUUUUGCCGGCGCUGGACGCGGCGGACGAGCUGGUGGCGUCGAGCGGCUACGCGGCUGGGGCGGCGGCGGCCGUCCACGCUGCCCUAGGCCUGCUGUCCUCCGGGCUGGACGGCUGGAGCACGUCACGGGCCGACACGGCGCGGAUCCUGGGCUCGGGCGCCGGCGUGGCUCUGGGCUCGCGCGCCGAGAGACUGCUGGGCCUGCUGCCCCCUGGGGGCUCACCUGCCGGCGGCCUGUCACUAGCUGCGCUGCGCUGGCUGGCCGGAGUGCCAGUGCUGCUGGCCACACGUGCGCUGACCGAGGCGCUGCUGACGGCGGCGCUACAACGACGUCCCCGGUCAGAAAUUCCCCGCCGCUACCUGGUCUAUGGCGCCGUGGGAUUCAACGUGCUCUUCCUGGCGCCGCUCGUCUUCCGCCUGCUGCGACUUAACUAA